AUGGACGACAAGAAAGCAUCUAAUGGCAGUGAGGCAGCGCGCCAGCCUGACAAGUCGCCUGCUAUCAUCACCACAGCAGACGCAGCGGAGAAUACCUCUUCUACAAGUAGAACAGACCGUGAGUCCUUCGGGCCUCCAAGAGCCCGCGACUGGGAAGAGUACGAUUAUUGGGACGAUUACGCUGUGUUUCCUACCCCUAUACUUCCGCCUCAAUAUCCACGGCCCAACAAGGACAUUGCCACUCUCGAGAUGACCGACAGCGAUCGUCUUGACAAUGGUGCUCGAACGAAAUCAGAAUGUACUGACCCGGAGACGACUCCCAUCUCCAAUCCAGACCGCCAGAUAGAGAUCGCCAUGGACGACAACAGAGCAAUUGAUGCCCUUGGGCAAGAGCGCCAGUCUGACAAGCCAACCGAUUCCAUCACCAUAGCAGAGGCAACAGAGAAUGCAGCCGCUCAAGAUGAAGACAUGCUAUCACUCGAAGACUGGAAGAAGAUGUGCACGAAAUUCAUGAAGGAUAUGGUCACCACCCAAAAGGACAGAGAUGUACGAGACAGCGCACGUAACGAGCAAAUCGCGAAGCUCGAAGUGUGUAUAGACGAGCUCAUACGGAUCGCGGAGGACGUCGUGCCGGACGUGGAACAGCUACAGCGUGAGAUGAAGAAGACGCAACAGAGUCUCGUCAACACGCAGCGCACUCUCGAUCCAUCCGUACCACGCUUGGAGUAUACUCUCGAAGAGCGGCUCGAGCGGCUAAAACGACUUGCACACAAGGCGAAGCUCGCAGAGAUCUUGAACAUUAUCGUACCGCAACUCGUCCGAACAGCAGAAGACCCCAGACCAAUCGUCGUAAUGAUGUGCGGAAUAGCAGGCUCAGGCAAAUCCUCACUCGCCCACGCCAUCACCGACCGCCGCCCACACUUCACCCGUAUUUCCAUUGACGGCACUCUUUACGCCACUCAUGGCCGCUACAAGGUCGACUACGACCCCUCUCUGUACUCAACAUACCAAGACGAGGCUGAGGCACUCUGUAAUGCACAACUGACCGACCUCCUCAACAAGAACCGGGACGUCGUCCUCGACCGCUCCUUCUACGCCAAAUCCGACCGAGACGCCUUCAAGCAGAUCAUCGAGAACGCCGGAGGUAGAUGGCUAUUGGUCUAUCAUCGACGCAAGGAUUUCGAACAGUUGUGGUUGCGAAUCGAGGAUAGGAAGGCGAGACGCGGUAGCUUGGAGGCGAGAAGGAGGGCGAUGCUGCGUAUGAUGUGA